AUGGAUAAAUUGGUCGCCCAAUACACCCGUUCGCCUCAUCAGAAUGAGUUCUAUUCCGAGCAAGAACAGCGUGACCUCACAGAGAGCCUCCCUCCGCUUUCUCUGAAAUUCAACCUCCCUCCCAUUGACAACUCCAGAGCUUUCCUCCGCGCUAUGACCGAUGACCACUCGAACCCCAGCUGCCCCAUCAAGCUCGCUCACGGAACAACGACGUUGGCCUUCCGUUUCCAGGGCGGAAUUAUCGUCGCAACCGAUUCCCGAGCCACCGCCGGAAACUGGAUCGCCAGUCAGACAGUGAAGAAGGUCAUCCCCGUGUCACGGCUGAGCCGCGGUGAGGAUAAGCCGACAGAUGCCCCCACGCCGGGUCUGUUGGGAACCAUGGCUGGAGGUGCUGCGGAUUGCCAAUAUUGGCUGAGAUAUCUGAGCCAGCAGUGCACACUCCACGAGAUCCGCCAUAAGCGCCGCAUCACUGUUGCUGCUGCCUCGAAGAUCCUUGCCAACCUGACGUACGCCUACAAGGGAUAUGGACUCAGCAUGGGUACAAUGUUAGCAGGAAUGACCCCCCAGGAAGGCCCUGCGCUCUACUACAUCGACUCCGACGGAACACGACUCCCCGGCAACCUCUUCUGCGUUGGAUCCGGUCAGACCUUCGCCUAUGGUGUGCUGGACGCCAACUACCGGUACGACCUGACGGAAGAGGAGGCCCUCGAGCUCGGUCGGCGGAGUAUUCUGGCCGCCAUGCACCGUGAUGCGUACUCCGGUGGUUUCAUCAACCUGUACCAUGUCAAGGAAGAGGGCUGGGUGCACCACGGCUUCAACGAUAUGAACCCGAUCUUUUGGAAGACGAAGCUGGAGAAGGGCGAGUUCUCGAAUGUCACGUCGGAGCUGUAA